AUGUCCGAAAUGCUCUUCAGAAUUGACGCGGGCGCUUUUAUUGGGGCCGAUGCGCGGAGGGACAGUGCGCUCCUAGCUGCUGGCCUGCAGGUGCAGCGCGUCGGCCUACCCCAUCCCACUGCAUCCUCAAAAAGAAGCCCGUUGCGGUAUUCAUCGUCGAAUCUGCGGAGUGGACUGGUUCCGGGUGCCUUGCUUCGCUUCGAUGUUCCAGGCCUGGCCGCUUCGACAAUGCAGCGUCUCGGGAUUGAUGGUGUGUUUGGUGCGGUGAACGCUUUUGCGGUUGAUGGCGAGGGCCAGUUCGCGUAUCUCUUCGAUCCGCGGGUCGGCGCUACCAUUCGAGUGAACUUAAGCACCGGUACCAGGGAUGUGCUCGUCUGGUACGAUCGUUCGUUCCGUCAUCGGCGAUGGCUGUGCUACUGCAUGUUUGCUGUGAAGGCGUCUGGAAGCACGUUUCUCCCCACGCUGUUUUAUAAUACCAAACGAAAGCAGUUCGUACUGGAGACAUUCGUGACCGAUUGUGAGGGCAGGGUGUUGUAUGCGGUGCAGGAGAGUGCUGUUGCUACCGAUCGCAUCCCACUGGACAGGCUCUCAUACAACGCGCACGUCGAUGACCACACCAUACAUAUGAUAUUCUAUGAACGUUUCACGCGACAUGCUUCACCGCAGGCAACACAGUUACCGUACGUGUACUGCAAAUACGAUUGCCAGUCGCACCGCACAACAAUGCAUAAGGGAGCAUUGCCUGAAGGCCAGUGGGAGCUACCGUUUAUCGCUCAUCAACAUCUGCAUUUCAUUUCCACUGAACGAUCGAGCACGCAGUUGGCCAGUAUACCAGUCAGUCGGAAUCUGGAUGGCAGUGUUUGGGACAUACGAGUCGUUUCGAGCGAUGGGGAGAAUGCGGUUCCACCCAGAAAAGCGGUGUGGUGUAAUGCAUGGCGUGAAGGGAUGGCUUGGUAUGUGGUGAGCGAGAAGCUGGCUGGCACAGAUGGGAUGGUCCAGAAGAUCACCAUUUGGCAAAUGGAUGUGCUCGAUUGCCAGUGGAGAUUGUUGCCCGUUUCAUUAGAGGCUCCAGCAACUGCCCGUAAUUUUGCUUUGCGUAUUGUAAAUAAUAAUCUCGCAUACCUGCAUAUCGACUGGGACAGAGAAGCUGUUUUCUACAAAUUCGAUUUCACGGAGUUGAUGGUAAGCACUGAUAUACUCAGUGACGCAGCCAGUAGAGAGAGAGAUCAAGCAAGGCAACAGUAA